AUGGGGCGCGUCAUCAGAGGGUGUUUCGCGUUACCGACGUCCACGCCUUUAUGUUGGUGCGCGUUCCUGUGUGUGUGGUGUUGUGUCUACUCAGCUCAGCGUAAGGGGCGCGGCAGCGUCUUCCGCGCCCACACCCACAAGCGCAAGGGAGCGGCGAAGCUCCGCCCGUUGGACUUCGCAGAACGCCGUGGCUACAUCAAGGGUCUGGUGAAGGACAUCAUCCACGAUCCCGGCCGUGGUGCUCCCCUUGCGGAAGUGGCUUUCCGUGAUGCCUACCGCUACAAGCUGAACAAGGAGCGCAUGAUCGCCGUUGAGGGGAUGUAUACGGGACAGUUCAUCUACUGCGGCAAGAAUGCGGCUCUGACCAUCGGCAACGUCCUGCCCUUGAAUAAGAUGCCAGAAGGUACCGUUGUGUCCAACGUCGAGGAGAAGGCCGGCGAUCGCGGUACCCUCGCCCGCACGAGUGGCACCUACGCGACCGUCGUCGGUCAGAGCGAUGACGGCUCCAAGACCCGUAUCCGCCUGCCCUCUGGCGCCAGAAAGACCGUCAACGGCCACGCUCGCGCCAUGAUUGGCGUCGUUGCUGGUGGUGGUCGUAUCGACAAGCCCAUGUUGAAGGCCGGAAACGCGUACCACAAGUACAAGGUGAAGAGAAACUGCUGGCCGAAGGUGCGAGGUGUGGCGAUGAACCCCGUCGAGCAUCCUCACGGUGGUGGCAACCAUCAGCACAUCGGUCACCCGUCGACGGUAUCCCGCAUGGCUCCUCCCGGGCAGAAGGUCGGUCUUAUUGCUGCCCGCAGAACUGGUCUGCUGCGUGGUGGUCGCAAGACCAAGUUGGCUGGCAAGGCUCAGGAGUAA